AUGGAUUCUCCUUCUCAUUCUUCUUUAUCCUCCCAUUCUCGUGGAUUGAUGCACGACGUGUUCAUCAGUUUUAAUCGAGAAGACACUAGCAAAACUUUCGUUUAUGAUCUCGACGAUGCUCUUUUCAAAGUCGGAAUCCAUUGUUACAUCGAUUUCCAUGAGGGAACCGAUCUGGAUUCAGAAGUACUGGAAGCAAUUGAAGAUGCUCGUGUAUCUAUCAUUGUUUUCUCCAAAAGCUAUACAGAAUCUAGUCGGUGUCUUAAUGAGUUGGAAAAAGUUAUGGAUUGCCGCGGAACUGGCCAAUUUGUUGUCCCUGUGUUUUAUGAUGUUAACCCUUCGGUUGUUCGUCACCAGAAGGGUGAUUUUGGACAAGUUUUGAGGGAUACUGCAGAACAAGUAUGCUUUCGCUCAGGAGGAGAAGAAAAGAUUAAUAACGUAUUGUCAAUUUGGAGCACUGCACUCACCCAAGCUGCUAAUUUGUCUGGUUGGCAUGUCAACAAUUACAGGUAUCAAGAUAAACAAGUGCGGCUAAUUGUUGAGGAUGUUAUAAGAAUGAUAGUAAUUGAAUCUUGGUUUAUUUCCUCAUUUCCAGUUCGACUGGAGUCCUAUGUGCAACAAGUGACUGACUUUAUAGAAAAUCAAUCAAGCCAAGUUUGCUUGAUAGGGAUAUGCGGAAUGGGUGGAUCCGGUAAGACAACCACAGCCAAAUCCAUCUACAAUAAAAUUCGUGGGAAUUUUAUCAACAGGAGUUUCAUUAGAAAUGUUAGACAAGUUUGUGAGGAAAAUAAGGGGAUUAUUCGUUUACAACGACAACUACUUUCAGAUAUCACGAACACAAAUGUGAUGAUAAAUAGCAUUGCAUCAGGGGAAAUGAUGAUCAAUCAUCUUCAUGGCACUAAAGUACUUGUUGUACUCGAUGAUGUGACCACAUUUGAACACUUGAAAGCGCUAUGUGCAAAUCCUAUAUUGUUUGGUCCAGGAAGUGUAUUCAUUGUUACAACUAGAGAUACACGCCUGCUUAAGCUAGUUAAUGCGGACUAUGUCUGCACAAUGAAGGAAAUGGACGAAAAUGAGUCCCUUGAGCUCUUCAGCUGGCAUGCUUUUAGACAGCCCAUUCCAAAGAAUAAAUUCAGUAAAAUCUCGAGGAAAGUAGUUGCUUAUUGCAGAGGAUUACCAUUGGCUCUUGAAAUCAUUGGUUCUUCUUUAUAUGGGCGGCCAAAAGAAGAAUGGAAAAAUAUGCUCUUUAAUAUGAACAGAAUUCCCACUCCUGAGGUAAGCACAUAUCCCAUGUUAGAGAAAUACUAG